UAUAGUGUUGUUGACGGAGUCCCUGAGAAGCUACAGUCCCACAGCCUGUGGCCUGAAUGAUUUUCUGCUCCGCAGGCGUCUCUGGGACUCAGACAAACAGGAUUAUCUGUGAUUAAAUCACUCUGCUCUCCACCUGCGAGAGACGGAGAAAUGUGGAGUUCUUCUCACAGCCUCGGUGUGUGCGUUUGUCUCUUUUUGUUUCAUGGCGCAGAUUGCCUCGGCCCGCGCUUCACCUGGCUCCACUCGGUCUUCGAUAAUUUCCCCUCGCUGCUGGGCUUCGCUGUGAAGCUGCGCUGUGCGACGGGGCUCUGCCCCCGCGACCUGGAAGACUACGGCUGCUCCUGCCGAUACGUGGCGGCCGGAAACCCCGCGGAUCCUCUGGACGCCUGCUGUGCGACUCACCGGCGGUGUUAUCAGGACGCUGCCCCCUGCAGGCAGCCCCUGCCUCGCCCCCCCGACAACUUCACCUGUUCAGCAGCAAACUCCAGCUGUGACGCUGCUGAUGGCUGUCAGCGGAGGUUUUGUGACUGUGACCAGGCCGCCAUCGACUGCAUGACUCAGAGCGCUUACAGCUCCACACUGAGAGGCCUCGCCGCCGCGUCCUGCGGCGCUACAAACCACACAGAUGUUCUCUCAGUGGGCAACGACUCUGCGAGCCAGCAGCUGUCCAACUCUUCCUUCUUGUCAGCAGAGAUGGACCCGCUAAUGACCAGCAGCGUGGGUAACCGCAGUGACGUCGCAGGGAUCUACGGUGACCUCAUCACCCCACCGCCAGGCUCGCCCCUCCUGCUGACGCACGCAGAGGAGGUAGAAGAGGAAGAGACGAUUGAAACAAGUUUCAUCUCUGAAGAUUUGAAUGGGGGUGUGACGGAGGAAGCACUGGAGCAGGAAGACGUAAAUAAGGAUCAGACGACCCACAAUCCACCAGCAAUCAGUCACGGAUCAGGUCCGUUCGUCUACGACAGAGAAACGCUGAGCGAAGAAGAACUCCGCUUCGGAGAUGAAAACCCGGUGACGUCUUCAACACCCACAGCUUCACACACUGACACCUCACCUUCCAGUCGGACUACAACCUCCCUGAGGACUACAACUCCCAGAGAGCUGGAGGAGUCAUCCGAGGAAGGUUCAGUCAUCGUUACAACUUCAUCACAGACAGCAGCAAAACCACAAAUCAGUCCACCGGAGGCAAUAAAGUCCUUAUCUGAAGAAGAAGAAGAUGAAGAGGAAGAAGAUGGGGAUGAUGAUGAUGAUGAUGAUGAUGAUGUCCAGGGUACACUACCAACUGGGUUUACGACUACCACCGCCAAAACAGCGACAACUACACCGACUGUAACCACGGAGAAGGCCAACGGAGGGAAAGGGAGCUUGACACCGUCCGCAAAGAGAACUUCAGCCUCACAAACAGGUGCAGGAGGUGUCACCUUUCCAUUUACACCAGCAACACCUUCAGCUUCAGAGGAGGCCCGAGAGAAGGGGGGCCGCCCGGAGAAGGCCACUCAGGGUCAGCUUCAGAUAGCAGGCCCCGAAAUGGUUACCAUGGUGACCAAAACAUCCUCCACAAGAAGCUCCCGACCGGGAAGCCACCCAGAGGAAACGGCCGCUGUCUCACCCGUGUUACCUGAUUCCUGGGAGGAAGACUUGAGUCUGAACACACCUGAUGCUCUUCCUCUCAGCCCGCUGAGCCAAGGGUGGGAAACUCCCCAAUCCACAAUGCCGCCGCCGCCGCCGACUUCGGCGAGAAGUGUCUCUCAGACGUCGCAGGAACGAAGCCGAGUCCCCUCCGUCAGACCCCGAUCUGAGAUCGGCGCCUCCAGCCGACCCACGCCGGCGGCUGAAUCUGAGGAGGAGCGGCAGGAAGAGACGGAAACAGCAGAGGAAGAGAAGGCAGACAGCUCGCUGGAGAAAGACACAGACGACUGGGACGUGGCUCAGAAGAGGACGGUGCCGUUCUUCGCCUGGUCCCUGCUGGAGUCUGUUGGCUUGUCCGAAAUCCAACUACAGCCAGACAGCAAAGAAUGCAGCCACUCCUUCACCGUGUUCGGCAGCGACGGGCGAGCCAGGCGGGAGAUGGCGGCUCUGGGGGAGAUGCUGCACUGCGUGACGGGACGGUGCCCGCACGAGUACGAGAUGUACGGCUGCUACUGUGGACAGGAGGGCGGGGGGCAGCCUCAGGACCAGCUGGACAGGUGUUGCUUCUUCCACCAGUGCUGCCUGAAGCAGAUCGGCUCCAUGGGCUGCCGCGCAGACAGGAAGCUCAACGCUCACGUCUCCUGCGACAACGGGAACCCUCGAUGUCAAGGCGUCUCCGUCUGCGAUAAGCUGCAGUGUGUGUGUGACAAAGCCACGGCAGAGUGCAUGGCGGCGGCCCACUUUAACCACAGCGUGCCGUCCCAGCAGUGCCGCGGCCCCGCGCCUCCCUGCCGCCGGGCCAGCAGGCCCCCCAAACCACGGCUUUCCCCUCAGUCUAGCGAGGAGAGUGACGAGCCGCAGGGAUCCAACUCGGACGGGGACAUCCGGGACACUUUGACGGACACAAACACGCCGCCGCCACGCCGAGACCAGAACAGUGAUGAAGGCUCUGACCAGCAGCAUGAAGAGACGCCCAAGAAACCUCUGGCUGGAUGGUCCGGCAGCUCCACCCCCCCCCCUCAUCCUCCUCCUCCUCUUCCUCUCUCCGGCAGCGAUGAGAGCAGAGAGCCGCCCAGAGGGGGACACAGCGGGAUUCAAACCCACAACCACAGGCCGAGUGCAGGGCAGAGCCAGGGCCAAAGACCGGGGGGGACGGGACUGGGAGGAACAGGACCAGGGGGGCCCGGGGGGAAAGAGGAGGCGAAGGAAGAAGAAGAGGAAGGGGGAGAGGAGGAAGAGGGGGGAGGAGAGGAGGAAGAGGAAGGGGAAGAAGGAAACUAA